GGCCGGUCUUGCCAGUAUCGUUCUCGAUCCGCCCGCUAUGCUUUGCAAAUCUGGCCUUUCUUGGGGCAAGCCGCCACAUUGAGUUCGUGGCCGACAUGCUUCACACUUAUCCGACAAAGUAGCAAUUCUCGCGCCCGCGUCGCUCCCACAACCGCCUCUCCAAUUCUCUAUAGUGUGGAGAUGCUCUGCUCGUUCACCGAUUAGCAUCCCUUACUGCGAGCCCUCCUCCCGCCCUUAUUGUCACUCAGACCUUCGUUCGCGACACCACUUCCACGCUGAGCACUCAUGCGAGUGCCACUGCAUUUGCCUGAGUUGCCCAUGUUUGGCCAACAAGCACCGCGAGCUCGUUCUUGGUCGUCGAGCCGCACGCCAGCAGAGAAGACCGAAUUUCCCGUCGACGCGAAAAUGAAGGCCGCACCACCCAAAUACAGCGCGAGGGAAUACCUGCAAUCAAUACCACAGAUUGGCAUGCCCAAGCAGCUCCAGCGAACGAUACCCGCGCUACUCGCACUGUGCCUAUUAGUCUUCUUCCUCUCCGGCUCACAUACAGGAUUCGCUCCAGGAUUCUUCGAGUCGAGACCCAAACACUUCCCGCGAAAGAUCUGGCAGACAUGGAAGGUGGAUCCCCUCAAAUUCGAGGAGCGAGACCACAACGUGGCGCAAUCGUGGAUCGCGAAGAACCCAGACUACCGAUAUGAGGUCCUCACGGACCAGAACGACAUGGCCUAUGUCGAGACGCAUUUCGGACCAGAUGGCCUCAAUCGCGAGGAUAUUGUGUACGUGUAUCGCGAACUCACCGCCCGAAUCAUCAAGGCCGACUUGCUGCGAUACAUGAUCAUGUACAUUGAGGGCGGCGUGUACACCGAUAUCGACGUGGAGGCGCUGCGUCCGAUCAGGAAUUUCAUUCCUCCUCGCUGGGACGAGAAGGACGUGGAUAUGGUCGUAGGUGUCGAGAUCGAUCAGCCAGAGUUCUCGCAGCAUCCUGUACUGGGUAGCAAGUGCAAGUCCUUCUGUCAAUGGACGUUCAUGUGCAAGCCCCGACUUCCUGUCAUGAUGAAGCUCAUUGAGAACAUCAUUGUCUGGCUGCGAAGCGUCGCCGCACAGCAGGGCGUUCCGAUUUCCGAGGUCAAGCUUGAUUUCGACCAGGUCAUCAGCGGCACCGGGCCCUCAGCCUUCACCAACGCGAUCCUCGACGAUAUUGAACAGCGAACCGGCGAAAAGGUCAGCUGGGAGCGAUUCCACGACUUGACCGAGUCCACGCUCGUGGGCGGCGUCCUCGUCCUGACAGUGGAGGCAUUCGCUGCUGGUCAAGGCCACUCCGACUCCGGUACCCACGACACGAAGCAGGCGCUCGUCAAGCACCACUACCACGCGUCAGGCUGGCCCACGACCCAUCCUCGAUUCAACCACCCCAUCUUCGGCGAAGUCGAGCAAUGCAACUGGAACCACGAGUGCGUGAGGAAGUGGGAUGAGGACACCGCCGCGUUCGAAGCGCUUUCGCCAGAAGAGAAGAUCAAGAAGGUCGCGCUCAAGGAAGCCGAGGAUAAACGGAAAGCCGAAGAGGAGGAGCGACGAAAGGUCGAAGCCGAAGAGCGCAAGAAGAAAGGCCUUCCAGAGCUGAAGUAUGACGAGAACGGGAAAGUGAUCAUCCCUGAUGAAGACAAGAAGGACAAGGACAAGAAGGAGCCCGCACCAGAUCUCCACCGAAGAUGACUUGAUUGAUCAGAAAAGUGACGAUAGACAAAUCCAGCAUAUUUGAAACAGGCGGCGGCGGUGUUUGGCGAGCUUUUUGUUGUUGUUCAUCAUCUCUUAAUCAGAUCUGGCGAUCAGUAUGUGUGUGUCUUGGGCAUUUCUCUGCAUGUGAGUUGCAUGGUAUUUCCGACAUGAGGUUGGUCGGGUUGGUGGAUGGUUGGGCGACGAAAGGAACGCACGCGGUCAGAGGCGGAGCGGAAACAGACGUUACAAGUAGGAGCCUACUUAUGAGCCCCUGUUCAAGCUUCAGAGAAUGACAUGUAUAAUUUCCAACUCUCUCAGCUCUCAGGAACCUUUCUUCAAGGGUCAUGGAUUUUGGGUGCGUUGGCAGGUCGAGUUGAGUUUCGUUGCUCUUGCCAGGAUUUCCGGUUCCAGCUGACGGGCAAUAUCAGGCGAGUCAUAGGAU